AUUAAUUUAGUGCAACUCUGUUGAAUUCUAACCAUAUUGUCAACCUAAAAACUACGUUCAAAUCGUUGAUCUAAAGUCAGAAGUAAAAAUUACAUUUAGAUAAGUUUCCAAUCAUUUUUUACAAUCAUGGCAACUGGUAACUUACGCAGAGAGGUUCUAAAUAGCUUUAAAGCACUGCACAAAACCAGAUUGAAGGUAUUUGAUGGUGAUAUGAGAGCACUAAACUUCGCACGUGAGAAAAUCAAUGAAAGUUAUAAGAACAACAAGAAUAUCACAGAAGAAAAUAUUAUUACAGAGCAAUUAGCUCUUGCUAAAGCAGUAGAAGUUGAAAUGAGAACUACAAUUGUACAAGCAAAAGAAGUCAAACCAGGUGUUUAUGAGGCUAAAUUCAAUCCUGAGACUGUAAAAAUGGACAAUAUUCCAUUUAAUGACAGUGAAACAGAAAUUGAAUUUACCACCAAAAGAAAAGGCAAUAAGGUUGAGAUAACUAAGAAAAAUGUUGGAUGUUGUCAGCAACAGGGACAAUCAACUUGAAUCUUAAUUAAUAUCAUAGACUUUGCUUUAGUGUCUUAGCAAAUAGCAAAUUACAGUAAGUAGAACAGAAUUUUUAACUUCUACAUUAUUUCUAGUCAAGAUCUUGUUUUGUAUAUUAAUAAAAAUGAAAAGACAACUCCAUGAACAAAAUUUAACGAA